ACAGGAGCACUUCUCUGCACAUCAUCAUCAGUUGGCCACAUGAGGUCACUGUGCUACUGAAGGUUGUUAAUGGCAGCAGGGAGGAACGCAAUACAGGAAAUCACGACGGCUAUAGCAGUUGGAAGAUGAGGUAACGCACAGUUUGUGUUAUUUCGUCGACCUGAAAAUGUUCACAGUGACAAUUUGCAGCAUGUCACCGCUUGUUCUUCCGUGGCUCAUUUACAUCAUGAUCCCAGUUCUUGAAGCACAAGAAGUCAAAGUGACGGGAUACCUCGGGCAUGAUGUCACUCUGCCAUGCCAAGCCAUCACAAGACCAGAAGAUAGAAUUCAUCAGGUUCGGUGGGAGCUCGAACAACCAGAUGGAAAGAAAAUCAACAUAAUUUAUUCUAAUAGUCGAUUUGGAGUUCUUGUUCCAGAAUUGUUUCUAAAGGAGAGAGUGGAGAUUAAAGAACAAUCUUUGAUCAUUCGAGAUGUGGAAAUGAGAGAUGCAGGGUCUUACAUCUGCAGCGUUUCAGUCUUUCCUCGUGGGUCAUUUGAAGGAACCACCAACCUUCAUGUUCAAGAAAGACUCUCAGAUGGUUUGACGAUCAUUCCAGGAGAGAUGCUGAUAUUACCCAGAAUGAUUGCUGCUGGAGUAUUCCUGCUGAUAGUAGUGACCAUGUUGGCCACAACUUACUCCAUCAUCAUCAGAAUAAGACGUUUUGGUCAGAAGGCUUUGGUCAGGCACCGUGUCUGCACAGAUGCAGGCGGCCCAGUGAUGUGCGAGUGAAAGAGACAAGGUCUACUCGGAGGUCAAGCUCAAAUCAUCCAGAGAUGGUACACCUCCAUCCAAUGACGAACACACAGCAUCCCGGAGAUGUCAAGUGCUUAAGAGGGAUGGUUGGCUUUUACUGUACUUACUCUUAAAGAUGGUAUUCUGUAACUUGCAUUUAACUUCCUUUUAGUAAACUUCUUAUCACACCCUGAUACAAGUUAUUCAACUGCUCCUUAAAUCAAUAACAAGGCCUGUGUUAUUCUAUAUUUUGUGAUUGUCAAGAAAUCAGAAAGACACAAAACAAUUUUUUUUUUUUAGCAAACGUUACUCAAACAUAAGUAAACACUGCAUUUGUUGGUAAAGUAUUUUCAGCUGAGGAUUAAUACACAUUAGCGAGUAUUUACAGCAGCAUGUCUGUGUGCGUGUGUGAGAUUGACUCAAAAUAAAUAAUGCAAAUGUUUAUAAUCAUUCUUAACGUGGAAACACGUCAACAAACGAAACAGUAUGGUUCAUUUGUGUGUUUUUAUUAGCUUUUGGACAAUGCAACAUAUCCUCAUACCGUUCAUUUAUCUUCUGAAAAGUGAUUUCUCUUUUCUUGUGCCUUCUUCUACAAAUAUCCAACAACAGGAGCGACCGGUGAGCCUGCGCAAGCACCUGCAGUGCAGAGCCUGUAUAGGUAACAAAAUUACGUGGCCAGGUUUAGGAAAAGAUCCUUAAAAAAAGAUUGCUAGUUUAUUUUCUUUAUUUUAGAUUAUAGUUACCAGCGUAUCCUGUUUCUAAGAGAGAUGUAAACAAAGACAGUCGGCCUACCUGAUCUCCAGCAGGUCGUUCCUGAGUUGAGGGGCCCCGGCACUGAUUAUGCUUGUUAUGGAUUAUGUCACUGGUAAGACGUCCAAACAGAAGUAACUGAUGAUCCACAGGAAACUGGUUUAAGGCAGGAAAAAGGGGGAGGCCAGGUACAAGUUUCAGGUUGCACAGGAGACGUAAAAAUCCCAGGAGAAGGGACGCAAACCUAUGAAGCACAACACUGACUAAUAGCAACUACCUGGGGAAAAGAGGCUGGUAUAUGUACAGCAGGGCUGAUUAGGGAAAGUGGAAACAGGUGAGCAGGUGAAUGAGAGUCAGGUGAGUGGGACCGCUGGGAAGGUCCGAGGGCAUCUGGUGGACAGGUAGGGAAUGGCAGGUCUGGGGAGCUGGAGGAGAGUACGUGGUCUGCAGGGGGAGAUGAGCCGGGUCUGGAGAGAGGGACAGAGAGCCAGUCAAGAAGAACUAAACAGUAGGACUCCCUCUGUGCUGUCAGAACAUGUCAGAGCAGCAUCUGUUUUUCUGUGUAAAAACAUCCUUGAAGGCUCAUUUCUUUUAUUUUUCAUGUUUUGUGUCGUUUCAUUUAUUUUAUGUUGAAAUUCAGUGCUUAAGACAUUUGAUUACAAUUACCAUGUGUGCCGUCAGGACUCGAGAGAACAAAAGUACAUUUUUUCUGAUGUGUAAAAAACUAAAAGGGCUGGUAUCACCUUUUUUGAAUUUGUUGUUCAAUUACAUCUGCUUUCUGUUGUAAGUCAGUCAUUACGUUGUGUUUAUAAUCGGUGUAAUGCUUUGUGAGAUUACUCAGUCCUGUUGCUUGAUAAACACAUUAAAUCAUGCUUGUGGCAAAACAUACAGAAAAAACAGUACACAGUUCUGUAAACUGUCUCUACAUUUGCUUUAAAGCAGAACUUGAUUUUGUUUUACAGCUAUUGCUUAAUAAAGCUGCAGAUUUUCACAGAGCUCACCAAAUGUUUGGUUUCUCUUUUUCCGUAUGUGUUGUAGAGCUCUAUCAUGACAGGAAACAAGAACGAUACGACAAAUGUUGUUUGAAGCGAGUAAAAGCCAUUUUUCU